CUUCCAUUCCAUCACCAUGUUUAAGACAGUGAUCUCUGUGUUGGCCAUCUUCCUGUUUGUGGCCUCUACCAUGGCCAGUCCCAUGCCUGAGCCUGGCUACCUUCGCUAUGGUGGCUAUGGUGGCUAUGGUGGCUAUGGUGGCUAUGGUGGCUAUGGUGGCUAUGGAUAUGGGGGCUAUGGAGGCGGAUACGGCUAUGGCGGUGGAUAUGGUGGAUAUGGAGGCCAUGGAUUCGGCUAUGGUGGCUAUGGUGGUUAUGGACGUUAAGGAGGGACGUACACACCUGGAGACACCUGGAGAGGCUUUCUGGGGUCAGUGGCCCCCCCCGGCCCGGUCUGUGACCAUGGCUGACGUAACAUAAACUCUGGUCUCGACUUACGCCAAUAAUCCCGACUUACUUUUCCUUUAUCCUCCGCCUUUACCUCUGUAAUAAAAACAUUUAUAUUUUUUUCUGAGAUAAUAAACGAGUUAUUUAAA